CAGCCGCCACGAACGUAACACGUAUUAAAAAUUAUCAAAAUACAAUGAGAGAUAGAUACCGUUACAAUUGGACGAAAUCACAAAGUAAAUUAAUCCAUCUAGUAAAAGAAUAUAACAUCUAUGUGAAGAUGCUAGAUAGAUCGGCAAUUGGUCUUGCUUCAGCGGAAGUAGCUUGGAACAAGUUAUCCAAAGAUGCGCAAGUGAGUGUGUAUAAGUGUCGCAGAAUGUGGUAUAGUAUAAGCAUGAUUUAUAAAAGAUUGAAGUUAAUGAUCUUAGAAGGAAACUUGUCCCAGUCCGAAGUCCGCAAGAAUUACAAGGUGGCAAAAUAUGUCGAUGGAAGUCUUGAUUUCCUCGAUCCAUUCAUUCUGGAAGCAUCUAAACAGCAAAUCUCCGAGAUAAAAACACAUACAAAUACUAAGAAAACUCUCUCUAAAUUACUUGGAUAUGACAUAGAUAAGAAAAAAAGUGAUUGUAGUAACGACGACACGUCUUCCGUUUCAUCUGAAGGAAGCGUUGUAGAAGAACCAGGAAUUUCUACUGAAAAUUAUUGUCGAUAUAGACCGACUAGACGAUGCGGACGUAAUGAUCUAGCUAAUUUUAUAGUGAAACACAGUUUCAUUAACAAAAAACCAUUUACAUUAAAAACUUACAUGGAUGAUCUAGGAGAAGCUGUAUGCAAUAUACAACAACCUAAAGAACGAAGAUUAUUGAUCAAAGAAAUCGAUUCAAUUGUAAGUGAUUUAUUGCAAGGAUGAAUAUUUUCGUAAUUUACAGCUUAUAUUGAAAUAGUCGUAAGUAAGUCGCGUCGAGUAAACAUGAUUGUUAUGUAAGAGUAAUGAUAAUAAUUUGAUGAUUAAUCGUCUUAAUUAUUAGGUGUAAAUAAUUAUUUUGCACUCGUGUAACUGUUCGACGAGGUAACUCGGUUAGUUUCAAGCCACACCGGGGCCCUAUAGUUAUGAGUGGAAUAACACGACAACGGAUGGUUUCAAAGCGGCAAAAACAUCUCAAAUAUUAAAAACGAGUUACAUCGUCGAACAGUUGGACUAUAUCUACUUAUUUUUUUAUAUUGACUGUAUAAAUAGCUGUCUAUUUAUUUUCAUUUAUAUAUAAAUAUAAUAGGCUAAUUACAAGCCUUGCAUAAAACUAUUUUUUUACCUGUGUACAGCAUUGUCGGUUGCAUUAUACUGUAUUAUUAUAACUGCAUUACAUUUUCAUUUGUAACACUAGUUUAUAAGUUCUCAUAAAUGUAACAGUUUAUUGUCAUAUCAACUAAAAAUAAAGAAAUCUUUAGUUUUCAUUACACUUAUGUAUCAGGUCACACAAUCUCCUAACAUAACCAAAAAUAUACAAUAGUGGCGGUUACUGACUUUUUGGUCACAAGAUGGUGCUAGUGCGCACCUCUUGUUUAUCGUCCAAUAGGCAAUAAGUUAGUGUCACACUAUUGGACGUUAAAUAUUUACAGCUGCAGUGAUUGGACAAAAAUCUUUUCUUUCGCUAUUUACUACCAUAUAGAUGGUUGGCAGGCCACAACUGUGCGCUUCUCACGAUGCUUUCUGCAUCGCACAGCAAAAC